AUGGGGCUUUCCCGUUGUGGCAAGUUCCUCAAGUAUUCCAUGUUCUUGUUCAACUCGGUCAUAUUGAUCGCAGGUUGCGGACUUCUCGGGUUCGGCGUCUACACCCGAUCAAGCGAGAACCAGCUGUCUCAGCUGUCUUCGAUCCUGGGCUCCUCGCUAAACUCCGCCAUCUCCACGGCGCUCAUCGUGUCUGGGGGCGUGGUCAUCGUCAUCUCAUUCUUCGGCUGCUGUGGCGCCAUCAAGGAAGUGAAAUGCAUGCUGGGAUCGUUCUUUAUUCUUCUAUUCGUGAUGCUGUUGGCCAUGGUUAUAGGUGGAAUCGUGGUCUACGUGUAUAGAGAUAACGUAGGUGAUGCUAUCCUGACAGAACUGUCCAAGUCACUCAACACAACCUAUGGGGCGCCAGGAAAAACAGAAGUCACUCGGGCGUGGGACGACAUGCAGAGUUUAUUCAACUGCUGCGGUGUGUACGGAGGCAUCAACUCAACAACAUCCUGGGCCUAUUACCGAGAGUACACCUACUGGUUCAGGAAUAAAACUGGAGACAUGAAGGAAUACGUGCCAGCAAGCUGCUGCCGCAACUCCUACGGCCUCAACAGGUCCAAGUGUGUUGGGGCUCAGGGCUUCGACAACAUCAUUCCCGCCAGACUCCCGCCCGUCAGCUUGAGCGAGGAGAACGAUCUGCUCUUUACAGAU